UGCGGGCCCGGGCCGCGGCUCCUCCUCCCCUUCCUCCCGAGGCUGACGUGGAGGCGACAGCGCGGGCGGCUGCGGGAGGCGGUGGAGCGGCGGCGGCUCGGAGGCUCCAGGCCCUGGCGGGGCCGGGUGGCUGCCACGGCGGCCACGCAGCAGGAGGCGGAGGCGGAGGAGGGUGGUGUCCCUGCCGCCCGCCCGCGCUUGCAGGAGGAGGCCAUGAACGGCGACAGGACCGAGAGCGACUGGCAGGGGCUGGUGAGCGAGUACCUGGUGUGCAAAAGGAAGCUGGAGAGCAAGAAGGAGGCCCUGCUGAUCCUCUCCAAGGAGCUGGACACAUGCCAGCAGGAGCGGGACCAGUACAAACUCAUGGCCAAUCAGCUGCGAGAGCGCCACCAGUCCCUGAAGAAGAAGCACCGGGAGCUGAUUGAUGGAGAUCCGUCACUUCCUCCUGAAAAGAGGAAACAGGCUAAUCUUGCACAACUACUGAGAGAUUCUCAGGACCGAAACAAACAUCUGGGAGAAGAAAUAAAAGAACUGCAGCAAAGGCUUGGAGAAGUCCAGGGUGACAAUAAGCUCUUGAGGAUGACAAUUGCGAAACAGAGGCUCGGAGAUGAAGAGAUUGGUGUGCGGCACUUUGCAGCCCAUGAGCGUGAAGACUUGGUCCAGCAGCUGGAGAGGGCGAAGGAACAGAUCGAGUCUCUGGAGCACGACCUGCAGGCGUCUGUGGAUGAGCUCCAGGACGUGAAAGAAGAGCGGUCUUCUUACCAGGACAAAGUGGAGAGGCUCAACCAGGAGCUCAACCACAUCCUGGGCGGCCACGAGAACCGCAUCAUCGACGUGGACGCCCUGUGUAUGGAGAACAGGUACCUUCAGGAGAGAUUAAAGCAACUUCAUGAAGAGGUCAACCUCCUGAAAUCGAACAUCACCAAAUACAAGAAUGCUCUCGAGAGACGGAAAAACUCAAAAGGCCAGAGUAAAUCCGGCAGCAGCGCGCUGACUGGAGUUCUCUCUGCAAAGCAAGUUCAGGAUCUGUUGUCGGAGGAUCACGGGUGCAGUCUCCCGGCCACCCCGCAGUCCAUUUCUGAUCUGAAGUCUCUGGCCACAGCCCUAUUGGAGACGAUCCACGAGAAGAACAUGGUCAUCCAGCACCAGAGGCAGACCAACAAAAUCCUAGGGAAUCGGGUGGCUGAACUGGAGAAAAAAUUAAGAACUCUGGAAGUUUCUGGUUUGUGGAGUCUUCCAGGCCUGAGCUACAAUGUUUCAGUAGGAUUUGGGAGGGGCAAGGACACCAUACUGUUCAGCGACCCCACCCUCCCCACCACGCAGAGGUCCAGAUCCCCGUUGCUGAAGCUGGUUGAGCAGCCCGCUGAGCACCAAGCAAACCCCAAGGAUGGGGAGGUUCAGACGCAAGCACAAGAUGAAAGUUGUGCCGCCACGGAGGUGUUGACAGCGCUGGAGGAUGCUGGGAGGCCUGCUGUCAGCUCCCCAGCAAAUCAGAGCCACGGGAACCAACGCAAGCACUUUCAUCCUUCAUUACCCCAGUUGCCUUCUGAGGAAGAAGGCGUCAACAGGCUUGGAAGGGAAAUACCGCACCUGACAGAGGAGCAGGCAGCUGCAGAACUGGAAGGGGUGGGGGGAGAGAGUCCUGCCGAAGGCUUGAGGGACGGGAUGGGGCCGUCCCCUCGGGGCCUGGCCUCCAAGGGGCUGCUCCCCAAAUCUGGCCAGGACUCCUCUGAGUCCAGCCAGCCAGCGGCCCAGGCUGCCACCCUGGAAGAUGGCAAGGAGACCGCAGAGGGUGGCGGCCCAAGGAGCACUGUGAAAACAUGAGGGGGACAGGGGCCUGGCACGAUGACACAGCGGAGGCACUGGGGACCACGGAGAAUUCAGUGUCAGACAGCUCUCCGAAGCUGCUUCCUCCUCACACACCUCCAGGCCUGCAAGUGAGAAAAGACGCAGGUCCGGGCGCAAACUGCAACUAUUCUGAGGAUGCCCGCGCGGUCUGAUUUAUUAAACGCGGGUCCUCAAGUGUCAUCUCUGUCUGCCGAAGACGCGCCGCUGCGAACGCGGCCAGGCGCGGAGUCGCGUCGGCCAUAUGGCUGGUUUUCCGCAUCCGUCUUUCUGUCAGCGUUUGUUUUAUUAGAGAUAAGAUCCUUUUUAUUAUUAGCAUUUAAUGUUGAUGAUCCACAUUAUGGGAAGAACGCGAAACCGAUGGGAUUUUUAAUCAGAUCUCCGUCUUUGCAGCGGUUAGGCGGCCGGAGAGAAAGGUGGUGUACCUGAGUGUGAUGGGUCCAGAGGGCCCGCCGCCGUGCUUCACCCGGCCAGGGCCGCGCAGGACCUGCCGUCGUGGGUGUUCUCGGCAUCCCGCCUGCAGCCCUGUCCGCCGCGGCUCCCACUGGCAGCUGGAACAGGGCUUAAGCAGGCUCAGAAGGUUGGGCUUCCAGGUUGAAAUCCACAGCCCCUGUGGAGGCCCGUGUGCUGACGGCGAGAGCCGAGUUUUCUAGCCUGUAAUUCUGGAGGAUUAAUCGACCUGGAUUGAUGCAGGGAUAAGAAGGGAGG